UCAUGUGAUUGUCUGUUUGUGGCUUUUAAAAGUGAAGUGUGUGAUAUGUUGUUUUGAUUUUCUGGGUAUUUAAAAAUUUAAAUUUGUGAUGUUGAAACCGAAAGCGCUAACUCAAGUCCUUAGCCAGGCCAAUACCGGAGGCGUUUCCAGUACAUUGUUGCUCAAUAGAGAAGGAACUUUGUUAGCAUAUUCAGGUUAUGCUGGUAAAGAUGCAAAAUUGACUGCAGCGAUUACUAGUAAUAUAUGGAUGGCUUAUGAGAAAAGUGGAUGUACUGCAUACAGUUCUGAAGCCUUGAAAUUCAUCAUCAUUGAUUGUGAGGAAGGUUAUGUAGCUGUAACUGGAGUAGCAAAUUUAUUGCUAUGCCUCCAAGCAGAUGCUAAUGUGGAUCUUGGAAUGUUGAAAGCAAAGGCAGAAGCCCUGGCAAAAUAUCUAGAAGUACCUUUAAUGCAAGUUUCAGCAUCUUCAUAAAUAUAUAUAUAUAUAUGUAUACAGACAAUACAUAUAAUUUAAAAAUGAAAUGGUUAUAAAUGCAAUUUGUUAUUUUGUAAUAAAUAUUUUGUAAAUAUUC